AUGGUUCUCAGUAAACCAGAGUUGACGGGAAGAAUGACAAAGUGGGCUAUACGACUCAGCACAUAUGACAUCGUUUAUGACGCAAGGACGGCUAUCAUAUCUCAGGCUUUGGCAGACUUUGUGGUGGACUUCAGUCCAAGCCAACUACAACAAGCCGAAGAGGAAUAUAGGCAGGUCAUGAUGAAGGCAGAAAUUCUAUCUUGGUCGUUGUAUACUGAUGGAACAUCAAAUGUAAACGUGACAGGACUGGGGCUUGUACUUGAGUCGCCACAGGGGGAUACAAUAGCAUAUUCCAUCUGCUGUGAAUUUAAAGCUACAAACAAUGAGGCCGAAUAUGAGGCAUUGAUCAUUGGGCUGACGACUGCAUAUGAUCUCGACAUAAAGAACAUUGACGUCUUCUGUGAUUCCCUUUUGAUUGUCAAUCACAUUAACGACACUUAUGAGGCGAAAGAUAGCAAGAUGGUGACCUACCUCGAAGUGGUCAGGGGCUUACAAAGAAAAUUCGAUACUUUCAACAUACAACAAGUGUCAAGGGAACUCAACACACAGGCAGACGCAUUGGCAGGACUUGGUGAUGUCUUCAAAAACUUCAACGCGACGAGUAUACCUAUUGUCCACAUCAUGAAGCAUGCAAUGGAAAGGAUGAAAGUAGUGGGAGAAGAUAUGGAGGUUCUUGAUAUCCAUAAUGGAAAUGAUGAAGAUGGCACCUGGAUAAAAAUCUACAAGGGUUACUUGUUGCAUGGACAACAGCCAACUAGUGCCCAUGAAGCAAGGACGCUAAGAAUGAAAGCCUCACGCUUCACAGUCGUCGACAGCGUCCUGUUCAAGAAGUCAGCGUCGGGAGUUUUGAAGAGGUGUCUGAACAAGACAGAAGCAAAUUUAGUAUUACAAGAUGUCCAUAAAGGUGAAUGUGGGAACCAUACGGCAGCAAGGAACUUGUCCCUGAAAGUACUACGCACGGGUUACUAUUGGCCGACACUGCGUCAGGACGCCUUCAAGUUUGUCAAAAAAUGCAACGCCUGUCAACGACAUGCACCUGUCCUGCACCAGCCGUCAGAACCCCUACAUGCAUUGAUACCGUCUUGGCCUUUCAUGAAAUGGGGGAUGGAUAUCGUUGGCAAGAUGCCACCAGCACCUGGACAGAAAGUCUUCAUGUUGGCGAUGACAGAUUACUUCUCAAAGUGGAGCGAAGCAGAGGCGUUUCGACAGGUGACAUCAAAGGAGGUGAUCUCAUUCAUUAAGAGAAACAUAUUGUGCAAGUUUGGAGUACCAUCUGAAAUCAUCUGUGACAACGGGUCUGAGUUUAUAAGCGACAAGACGGAAGCAUUUUGCAAGAAAUACAACAUUGCUCUGAUCAAGUCUACACCACUUUACUCGCAAGCAAACAGACGGGCUGAGUCAAGCAACAAGAUCAUCAUCAAUAACCUUAAGAGGAGGUUGACGACAUGUAAAGGACGAUGGGUUGAGUAG